AAUCCAUACUGGCAUACCACAACCCAUACAACCCUUAUUCUCUUUUCCUACGAACAUAAAAUCUAAAACUUCGCAAAGAUGGUUGAAUUGACAGAAGUUGAGGAUGAGUCCUUUGAGCAAAAGCAAGCUGGACCAUCUGAGGAUGAUUACUACACUGAUACUGAUUCCGAGAUUUCCUCUGACGAAGAGGACAAUGUCGCAGAUGAGGAAACUUUCGCAGACCGCAUAAGUGCCCUGAAAGAUAUAGUACCAGCAUCUACUCGAUCAUUCAUCUCCAGCAAGGUGGAUGCAACUACGAGUUGGAUCAAAUCGGGUUUGAUGUUUGGAGGCAAGACUUUGUUCGUUGUGAGCACAAGUGCUUUGUUAUUGGGAGUUCCAUGGGCAUUGGCAUUCGUGGAGGAGCAGCAGGUAGUUGAAAUGGAGAAGGAAAUGAAGAUGAGAGAGAUGGGUGGAGAGUUACUUUCCUCGGGCACAGAUACAGCAGGCCAGUUGAAUGCUCAACUUGGCGCACAACAAGGAAAGCCAGCAUUGUAAUGAACGAAUCUGCUAUGAUACGAGAUAAAGAAAAUGAAUCUGGAUUGGGGAAGACAUGAUAGCAUUGUACAUCAGUGAGUGGCUUUUGGGGUGGGCGCAUGAUUCAGAAGGUUUACGGCCACAAAACCUGUGUAUUUCUAGUUCUUCUCACCUCAUGAACAAAUAAUUACUUCAGU